AUCCGCUGCUAUUUAACGUCACGGUUCGAUAAGCCGGUAGUCUAUAAGGACGCCGCCGCCAUGUUGGAAGACAGUUCGCCCGCGCCGCGCCAACAUGAAGGUGCUCCUCCUGGUCGUCGCGGUCCUGGUGUCGGCCGCCGUGGCUGCCCCGCGGCAGCAGUCCGGCGUGGCGCUGGCGAAGCAGAGGGUGGUGAACGGAGGGCUGCGCAUCAUCCACGGCCAGUACGCCGACGACAACCAGUUCCCCUUCAUGGCCAGCAUCUCCAUGGACAGCACGUUCGCGUGCGGGGGCUCUCUCAUCACCGACUCGUUCAUCCUGACGGCGGCGCAGUGUGCCAGCGGGUACGAGUCCUACACCGUGAUCCUGGGCGACAACAGCCUCAUGUGGACCUCGGGCACCAUCCACAUCGCCUGCACGUACAAGAGCAUCGUGCCCGAGGACUACAGCGAGGACACCAUCGAGAACGACAUCGGCCUGCUCCAGCUCCUGGUGCCCGUCAAGUACAACGCUGCCAUCCAACCCAUCCAGCUGUCCACUGACUACGCAGAGACCUACGAGGGGCAGUCCGCCACCGUCAGCGGCUGGGGCACCACACAGUACGGCUUCCCGGCGUACAACCUGAUGUACGUGUCGCAGCCCGUCAUGUCCAACAAGCGCUGCAAGCGCUUCCUCGGCCACCACGUGACGGACUCCGUCAUCUGCGCCGACGGCGAGGGCACUGUCGGCGCGUGCGGGACCGACGCGGGCGACCCUCUGUUCGUGACCGACGCCAACGGCGUCUUCACGCAGAUCGGCGUGUUCUCGUUCGGCUCGGACCUGGGCUGCAAUUGGGGCUACCCCAGCGCCUACACCAGGGUGACGUCAUACGUCGAGUGGAUCGCGGAGAAAACGGGCCUGGUCGUCCCUACGCGCCCUCCCACCCCCGCCCCCACUACCCCCGCCCCCACCCCGCGCCCACUACCCCCGCCCCCACCGACGCCCCCACCGACGCCCCCACCGACCCCCCCACCCCGACCCCGGCCCCCUAAAUAAUUGCGCGGUCACUUCACACUGUGUCUGCCGGAGCUCCGCCUCCCUCGCGCCCCCGCGACGACCACCCCACGAGAGCGAGAGAGACAGCGCGACGAGGCCCGCUCGUGCCUUCGCAUUCGCGUGGAUCGCUGGUGACGCGAUUAGCUAGUAUCCUUUUAUCUCGCUAAGCCCGCCUGGCCAGCCCGGCCAGCCUAUCCACGUAAUCCACCUGUUGGAGGGACACGGGCCGCGCCACGGCCGAAGAACAACUCAGACUGACAGGAAUAAAAAUCCGUGUAUUUCUACAAAAAUCAUUAAAAUAACAAAUCACAA